CCUAAGCCCGGGUAAAGGAGGAGGGUUGUGUUAGGCCAUCAACAGCCAAUGUAAAACUUUGUUGAAUCUAUCAUGAACAUGGACAAUAGACGUUAUAAUGUUAAUGCUAGGUCGUUGCCCGUAAGUAACGCGCUGCAUGGCUCAAGUACAGUGAUAAGUGAGUUAGAGCCGCUGCAUCGGCGCUCGGAUGUAGUGUUAAAUGAGCAAGGGCUACCGCGUCAUUCUGGAUGCACGCGGCUAAAGAAGUUAGUCCAUAAGAGCAAAAUUAGAUUUGGUACUUGGAAUGUUGGGACAUUAAAUUGUAAAUCUGUAGAGGUUGUAGGGGUUAUGAUUCAAAGGAAAAUCAAUAUCCUUUGCCUGCAAGAAACAAAAUGGCGUGGAGAAGAAGCUAAGGAUAUUCAAGGUUUCAAACUUUGGUAUACAGGGAAAGUAAGUGCUCGCAAUGGAGUAGGCAUCAUUAUAGAUAAGGAGUGGAAGAGGAACGUUGUAGAAGUUAGCAGAAUUGGAGACAGAAUUAUUUUCUUAAAAAUGAUAAUUGGACGUGAGACUGUUAAUAUUGUUAGCGCUUAUGCGCCGCAAGUCGGGAUAGAAGCCAGUCUUAAGGAAUUAUUUUGGGAGGAUCUGGAGGGGUUGAUUCGACACAUACCACAGAAUGAAAAGAUUUUUAUUGGAGGAGACUUUAAUGGGCAUGUCGGGAGGGAAGCUGGUCAGUAUGCGAGGGUGCAUGGUGGUUUUGGUUUUGGAGAGCUAAACAAUGAAGGACAAACUCUUGUUGAUUUCUCAUUGGCGUAUGAUUUUAAGAUUGCCAACACUUGUUUCAAGAAGAGAGAUGAGCAUCUCAUCACUUACAAAAGUGGAGCCUCAAGGUCACAGAUUGAUUUUCUUUUGGUUAGGAACACAGAUAGAAGACUUUGUAAAAAUUGUAAGGUGAUCCCCGGAGAUGCUGUAACGACACAACAUAGGGUCCUAGUCCUUGAUGUGUGUAUUAUGAGUAAAAUCCAAAAACGUCGACAAGUAGUAACACCAAGGAUUAGGUGGUGGCAAUUAAAAGGUGAGAAGCAAGAUAUUUUCAAGCGAAAUCUUUUGGAUAAAGGAAUUUGGGAAUCUCAGGGAAGUGCUAACAUCAUAUGGGAGGAUAUGGCUAAAAAGAUCUGGGAGGUUGCAAAAGUAGUUUUGGGAGAAUCAAAAGGUUUGGUCCGAGAGAUAAGGAGUCUUGGUGGUGGAAUAAUAGUGUACAGGACAAAAUCAAGUAUAAGAAGAACUGUUUUAAAGCCAUACAUUUGUGUAACAAUGAGGAAAAUUGGGAGAGGUACCGUAUGGCUAAGAAAGAAACUAAGAGAGCUGUGGGUGAAGCUCGUUCUAAAGCUUUUGAAGAAUUUUAUAAGAACCUUGAGACGAAGGAAGGAGAGCAAAAUAUUUAUAAGAUUGCCAAGAGUAGGGAAAGAAAAUCAAGAGAUCUAGAACAGGUAGGAUGUAUUAAGGAUGAAAAGGGAAGAAUUUUAGUUACAGAUGAUGAAAUUAAAAAUAGAUGGAAGACUUACUUUUCUAAACUCUUCAAUGAUGGAGAGGAUUCAUCUAGUAACUUGGAGGAUUUAGUAACUGGUGAAGGAGAAUAAAAUUUGUCAUUCUAUCGAAUAAUACGUGAUAAGGAGGUAAAGGAAGCUCUUAAGAAAAUGGCAAAUGGUAGAGCCAACGGACCUAAUUGUAUAUCUAUCGAAGCGUGGAAAUGUUUAGGUGAAGAAGGGGUGAGAUGGUUAACUAAGUUAUUUAAUGUGAUUUUACGGUCCAAGAAAAUGCCUGAUGAGUGGAGGAGAAGUACAUUAAUUCCUAUUUAUAAAAAUAAAGGAGAUAUUCAGAAUUGUACUAAUUAUAGAGGGAUUAAACUCAUGAGCCACACAAUGAAAUUGUGGGAGAAAGUAAUUGAGCACAGGUUGAGAUUGGAGACAAGUAUUUUUGAGAAUCAAUUUGGUUUUAUGCCAGGUAGAUCAACUACAGAGGCGAUUUAUCUACUAAGGGGAUUAAUGGAAAAGUAUCGUUGUAAAGAUAAAGAUCUACACAUGGUUUUUAUUGAUUUGGAAAAAGCUUAUGACCGUAUACCAAGAGAAGUGCUUUGGAAAGCAUUAGAAAAAAAGGGAGUACGGAUUGCUUAUAUUAAAGCCAUAAAAGAUAUGUAUGAGGGGGUAAAAACUAGUAUAAGAACGCCUAGUGGUCAAACAAAAGAUUUUCCUAUAAAGAUUGGACUACAUCAGGGAUCAUCUCUGAGUCCUUAUUUGUUCAACUUGAUUUUAAAUGUUUUGACAGAACAUAUUCAAGAGGAAAUCCCGAAAUGUAUGCUCUUUGCGGAUGAUAUAGUUUUUAUAGCAGAGACAAGAGAAGAGGUUAAUUGCAAACUUGAGUUAUGGAGGAGGACAUUGGAGUCGAAAGGUUUUCGUCUAGUAGAAGUAAGACGGAAUAUUUAUAUUGUAAAUUUGGUAAAGGACUAUUCGACAAUAAUUUGGAAGUGAAAUUGGGAGAUCAAAUUAUACCUCAAGUAGAAAAGUUUAGAUAUUUGGGAGCCAUUAUUCAAAAUGAUGGCGAAAUCAGUGGAGAUAUUUCACAUAGAAUUCAAGCUGGGUGGUUUAAUUGGAGAAAAGCUAAAGGAGUUAUUUGUGACCGUAAGGUGCCUAAUAAACUUAAUGGAAAGUUUUAUCGCACUGCUAUCAGACCGGCAAUGUUAUAUAGUAGUGAAUGCUGGGCUCUAACGGGACAGCAAGAGCAUAAAGUUGGAGUAGCAGAGAUGAGAAUGUUACGAUGGAUGUGCGGACAUACACGUAAAGAUAAAAUUCGAAAUGAGCACAUACGCGAAAAAGUGAGGGUGGCACCUAUUGAGGAAAAAUGGUAGAAAAUCGGUUGAGAUGGUUUGGGCAUGUACAACGAAGACCAAGGGAGGCACCAGUGAGAAGAGUGGAACAUAUAACUUUGAGUCCGAUUAAGAGAGGUAGAGGAAGGCCUAAGAGAACACUCUUGGAAGUUGUUGAACGCGAUCUCUUAAUUAAUAAUAUUCCUAAAAACUUGAUAAACGAUAGAGCACAAUGGCGUCUUGCAAUUCAUGUAGUCGACCCCACCUAGUGGGAUAAAGGCUUGUUGUUGUUGUUGUUUGAUCUUAUUCUAGGUGCUCCACAUAAAUUAUAGUUAGAAUCCUUGUUGUGGUUGAAUAAAUUGUCUGACUGCUAGUAGAAGUAGAGCUCCUUGUUGUUUGUACUGAAAUUUUGUUGUGAAACUUUUGGAAGAUCUUAUUAAUAGGAGAGGUUUUGUCAAAAUUUCAACAAAAUUAUUAAAUCUUUUGUAGUAUGACUUGCAUAGAAAGUGGUCUCCUCCUAGGCAAAAUGUGUUCAUGAUUUAAAAAUUUUCAUUUCUGACAUUAAGGCUUACAAGAUAUGAGCUUUUGUGCAUAUAUUCCAUGUUAGUCACAUCCUAUUUUCAGGGCGUGACAUAGACUCACCAAUCACUUCAAUGAUUCAAGCAUGGGCUAAUCUAUGUACCAAGCGUGAAUGAUGUGUUUUGAAGCAUCAAGCUUCUCUGUAACCCUAUACACGCAUGGGCAUAUUUUAAUCCAAGCAUGUUUGAUGAAGAUAGAAGCACCUCGCUUCUCUAUAACUCUAAACGUGCGUGGGCACAUUUUCACCCAUGCGUGUAUUAGAAGGCAUUUCUUUACAUAAAUUAGAAAGGUUAUAACUCACUCAAUACACUUCCAAAUCUGGCAAAAUAUAUAUCACUGGAAAGUUGUUGUAGUUUAGUUUUCAAUAAAACAAGUUUCACACUUGAAUGUAAUUUUUGAGAUAAGAUCAUAAGAGUGAUCGAUGGUCAAAAUUGAACACCGUGCAAAAUAAAUAUCUUAACACUCAAAUGCUAAAAUUCAUAUCUUUUUCAAUAGAACUUCAUUUUGAAUAAACUAAAGACAAUUGAAAAGCUUAUGGACUCUACUUUCAAAUGAGAUUUAUUUCACAUUAAAAGGAUUUACUUGGUGAGAGAUAUGACAAAUAACAUGACUAAAGGUCAAAUUUAAAUUUUUGCACAAUUCACAUUUCAAAGUUUGAAUUUCAAGUGUUCAUAACUUUUUAGACUUAACCCCAUUUUAAGAAGUAGGAUAACUUUGAAAAUUUUAUGAAGUUAGUAAUCAAAACAUUUUAAAGCUUGUGAAAUAUAUAUGAUCAAUGAUGAAAAACAUGAUUAUGGAACUUUUUCUCUUAAUAACUAACAUGCAUGUUUUAAUUUAAAAUAUCUUGAGUUAAUAUUAUAUAUCUAUUUUAAUAAGUUUAACAUAAAGGCUUUUAGCCUAAUGAUAUCAUACCUAUCAAGUGUAUGGCUUUUAAGGUUCAUUCAAAUUUAUAUGAAUGCUUUCAUUCUUCUUAAACUCUUUUUGGAUCAUCGUUUUCUUCAUUUUUAUGUUCUUCAAUCUUAAGUGUAGCAUGCAAAUGAUGACUUUGGUUUCUUCCUCUUAAUGCUCACUCUCAUCUUUACUUUGGAUCAUCUUAAAUGAUAAAUCAUGAUAAAAUGGUUAGUUCAAGUAUCAAUAUGUAUAUAAGUAUGAAUAUGAUGGUUAUGGUAUUAUGCAUAGUAAAAGCUUUAUAUCCAAUAUAUAAAAGAUAAUAUAUAAAAGAUAAUACUUUGAAUACCUUUGGAUAUACAAUUACUUUAAGAUAAAGAAAAGUAUGAUAGUGUAAAAUAAUUUUUAUGCACACAAAUCACUUUUUACUUUAAACAAUAAAGGUAAAAACACGUUAAAGUAAUUGUUCUAUAGUUACAGUUAACUAUUGUAUAUAUAUGAAGCAUUCUAAUGCACAUAGUUAACUAAUCUAUACUUGUCCUAUAUUUGUCAUCAUAAAAACUUAAACUAAACAUAAUAUAAACCUUUAUAUGACACAAUAUGGAUAGAUAGUAUUGAAGCAAGACAAAGUAAAUCGAUUAAUUAAGUUGAAGAGGUUUAAUUUCAGAUUUGAGAAUUUAUAUGAUCAGUACUUGUGGUGAGAGUCAAGAAUACUAGGUACCAAUACUACUCUUCUUUAUAUGCAUGUUUAUUUUUCCUUGGAUAUAUUUAUACUUGCUUUGUUAUUCUAUUUUACGAAGGACAUAUGCUUAUACGUGUAUGAGUUACUGCUUUGAGUGUGAUCGUGCAAUAUGUACAAUGUUUGGGAAUUUUAUAUAUGUGUUGAGAAUUUGUUGCCAACUGUUGUACUCUCUGCUUUGCCAAUUGAUGUUGAAAAGUUAUAUAAACUUAUAUGGAUGUGCUUAAGUGAUAAUAUGUAUAUAUUGAAUGAUUGUGUUUGCUACUGAGAUUUCUCCCUAAAAUCUUACCACCUGAUCACUUGCUAUUUCAAGUGAAAAGUCCAAGUAAGAGGAAAGAGAAGAAGAUUUCCAAUAUAAUUAAUGCAAAGUAUUGAAUGGAAUGAUAAUUAAUGAAAUUGUGGCUAGUAGUAUAUGUUAACUAGAUUGUAUGUAAUGCAAAGUUUAACAAUUAUUACUAUCCUUAGAUUGAUCAGGAACGUGACAUGCAUAUCUUAGGGAAUAUGCGUGUGAAACUGCUCAAUGGCGAGCUUGUAUGAGAUAUAAACAUUUAGAUAAUUUUUAUACAUGUAAAGUACGUAAAUAUUGAAUGAUGAGUUUCUGAAGAUUUUUUUAUAAUACUUAAUAUUUUUUUAUUUUUCCUAGAUAGGGGACGCAUAAAUCUUUACAAGAAAAUAAAGAUAAGCGUAGCUCAUGAUAUGAAUUAUUCAAUUAAUGGCAUAAAAAAUUGAGCUUACCAAUGGUAAAAUAAAAUAGUUUUUGUGGAUGAAUAAACGAUGAUAUUGAUUGGUAUGCAAGAUGAAAAUCUAUCCUAUUAUUUAUCUUUAGAAAAAUACUUUAGAAAAUUGAAAUGAGAUGAGGAUCAACGACAAACGAUGUGUCUAAGAUUUUAUUUUAAAUUUUCAAUGUUACCUUGUGAAUAGUUGACCCAAAAUAACAAAUAUGAUUUUCAAAUAUAGCAUCUCCUACACUCUACUUGUACUUGGGAACAAAUAUGGUUAGCAAGUGUGUUUAAAUUGGGGUGUGGCAGAACAAACACACCAGCAUUCAAAGGAGGGAACAUGACCAUAAAUGUUCAUUACAUACAGAAAAUAUGCUUAACGUUUGGGAUUAACAAGAUAGAAAAUCUUUUUGUAGAAACAAGGUAGAGCUACCCUAUUGCAGAUAUUGAAAGUGUAAGUCAAUGAAGAAUAUACUUUAGGUCUUUCAAAAUAAAAUAGAAACUUCACAAACCCCUGUCUAUCUCCCCUCGAUAUUAGAGAUGGUUACUUUAUUGAUGGAACAUGAUCCAUUUUUUGUAGUUUGCUCUUCUGCAAGAGACAUGGUCUGCCUGAGAAUGAAUGCAGGUUGGUUUGGGAGAGGAAUAUCCAUAAUCUCACUAUGAAGCAUUGACAUUACACAGGCCAUUGUGGGCCUAUCUUUUGCAAGUUCUUGCACGCACAAAAGCCCAAUAUGCAUGCACUGCAAUAUGUCCUUGUAAAAGCUUGGAUCAUAUAUUUGUGGAUCUAUUAGAGGCAUAACAUUGUCAUCUAUCCAUAAUUUCCAUGCCUAGAAACAUUAACAAGUAAAAAUGAUAGAUGUUUAACUUCAAUGUUAUAUCAGGGCUUUAAAGCUUUUGCAAGAAAGAAAGGUGAAAAUUGGAGAGGCUUACAAAUCCUAAAAGUGUGAAACAUUCUGCAUCUUCAUAAAAGCUGGUGUUUUUUCUUCCACUAAUAAUCUCCAGCAGCAAAACACCAAAGCUAAAUACAUCAGAUUUCUCUGAAUAGAGCCCUUCUGUUGCAUAUUCUGGAGAAAUAUAGCCACUGCAUUUAUAAACUAUAUCUUUGAGAUUUCAAUAUGCUAAUAAUAUAAUUAUCAUAGACGAAGGGAAAGGAGCACUUACUAUGUUCCAACAAUUCUUUCUGUAUUUGCUUGAUUUUCACUACUUCUAAAAAGUUUAGCCAUUCCAAAAUCUGAUAUCUUUGGAUUCAUUUUCUCAUCCAAUAAUAUGUUACUUGCCUUUAAAUCUCUAUGUAUAAUUCGUAAUCUUGAAUCUCUGUGAAGAUAGAGCAAUCCUCUAGCUAUUCCCUCGAUUAUAGUGAAGCGCUUUUCCCAAUCUAAGGAUUUUUGUUUUAAUGGAUCUGCAAAACAUUGUUUGAGUAAGAUGUGAUGACAGUAGAUGUUCAUAAGAAGACACUUUACUCCCUUCCUACACUGUGAUAAUAGGUGGUGGUGUAUUUGGUAUGCGAGGUAAUUACUUGUAUCUUAACUAUUUGUAUUAUGAAACCACUUUAAUUGUUCAUAGAUUCCAUUGAACUUGCACAUCAAGAGGUACAAAAUCUCACAUGAACUUGUAGAAUUUGGAAGCAUUGCUACAAAUGUCAACAGUGGUAGCAUGAGGUAAAAUAAAAGUUGAAGUACCAUACUUGUAUUUCUUUGAGUAUUCUUAAGCAAUUAAGUUUUCAUUUUCUCCUUUAUUCAUCCUAUGCAAAGCAUAGAAACAUCCAUGUACUAAACUGUGAUAGGCAUGGGGACUGGGCACUAACCAAAGAUAUAUGUAUCCAAACUUCUGUUUGGCAUGUAUUCAUAAACCAAUAUCUCUUCUUCAAUGCAACAUCCAAGAAGUCUAACAAGGUUUCGGUGUUGAAGCUUAGAGAUCAACUCCACUUCAUUUAUAAAUUCUUCCAUACCCUGUCCGGAUAAUCUUGAUAGUCUUUUUACAGCUAUUUCCUGCCCAUCUUCCAAUGCCCCCUGUAAUAAGAUGAUAAAGAACAUUAAUUAUGAAUUGAAAGAUUAUGAAGUUUAAAAAGACUGAAAAUCACCUUGUAAACUGGACCAAAACCACCCUGUCCAAGUUUAUUUGAUAUGUCAAAGUUAUUUGUUGCAGUUUCCAACUUUCUCAAAGAAAACAAUGAUAGAUCUGGGAUAUGGACUUGCUUCAGGGGCAUCAUCCUUGUUAUGUCUGGAGUCUGUACCUGCAUUUCACCUGCGUUUUACACAGUUUCCCCAUUUUAUUUCCUCAAAAAACAUAUAUUGCUAUUCUAAUACUAGGCUCCAAGAGUUAUGAGUUAACUAUAUGAAGUUCGCAUAUUCUGUAUCAAAAUGAUGAAACUCAUGUUCGAGGGAUUAUCUAAGAUUACAAAGCUAAGAUUGUAUCCUAUCUAAAUAAUAAAAAAGAUCACUCAUGCCUUGAAUGAACACUUACAGUAAACUUGAAAAUUACCUUUUUGGUUUGAGCAUUUUUUCCAUAGGAAAUAUCCAGACACUGUAAUGAGAAUUGGCCCUAUAAAAACCGAUAUCAUAAUUGGCCAUGUCAUCUUCCUCUUGCCUAUGCCUGUAUCAAAGAAAAGAAACAUUCAAAGAGCAUUCAUUUUAUAACAAUAACGCCAUGACUUUACCAUGUAUAUUGUCAUCAACAGACAAUGAAAAAAUAAAAAAUAAAAAAAUAAAGCUCUCCAAGUAUUUGUCGUAACACUUGUUUUGCGAGCAAGAGCCAUGCUAGUUAACUCUUUUUGAAAGAAAAUUGCUCCCACAUUUUAUAAUACCUUCAACAUUCAACUAGGAUUUGGUUCAACUUUAACUUUCAUCUAAGCACUAUAUACUUGUUGCGUGGCUGUUUACAUGUCAUGUCAUGUUACAUAUCGUUGGGAGACAUGUUGGACAGUAAACAAGUGUGUUGUAGGGUAUUUUAGAAAGAUUUCUCUGAUUAAAAUGGAUACCUAGUUCUGAGUAGGCUAAACGUAUGUAAACAUCAAUCUCUUCGCCUGGUAAGCUCUGUAAGUCGAGUAAAUCUGCAUACCAAAUCAUACAGCCAAGGUUUCUUUCAUGAGCAUAAGCGAUACAAGAGCAAUUCUUGAGGCAUGCAGUUUGACAGUCUACGAUAGCCUCAGAGAAAGAAGGUGACACUUGUGCAUCAUCUGGUAAUUUCACUCUCUCCAGCCUCCAAAACCCAUCUAUUUUGCUAACUUGAGAAUCAUUUGUGUCUCUUUCACACUGAAGUGCUUCUCUUCUAACACACCCAUUGGUCCAUUUUUGCCUUUCCCAUUCUUCUUUGUUCCUUGGUUCAAACCCUCUCAAGCAGCUGCAAAUUGGGGAGGUCUGCAAAUUACAAAUCCCGAAUGGACCACAUUUGCCAUAAGCAUCACACUCUGAAGAACCAAUCAUCCUCAUAAGUUCCAAUCUAUUUGUCUGGGAAUUCGAAAGCCGUUGUUCUAUUUUACCUUGAGGAUUUAGGGUAAAAGUCACAAAAUACUUGUAUGAAAAAUAUAGUUCCACAGUCACAUCGUCUUCUGUCACUUGAAACCCAUCCUUAUUGUUAAUUGAAUCUGUCCUUGGUACCCCAAGAAACUCUGCGCCAUCCCAGGGACCAGUUCGAAAAUAAGGAUGAUUUUCUUUCCACACAAAUACUUCAGUUACAUUACGGACUUCAAGACUGCAAGAAAAUUCUCCAUAAGAUGGAUCAGAUGCACUUUUCCAUGAUGAUGUUGGAAACUCUGCCAUACGGAUACUCCUGUAAUUCCAUCAGUAAGGACAAGGUUGCGAGAAUCCAAGAGUUGAGCACUAGAGUUUGAGGCAACUUGUGAGACGUUUGUUGACCAAAGAACCUGUCUUUGACCAUUCAAAACAACAAGAUUGCCAUUUUCUGAUAUUGUGAGAAUCCCAGAAGAAUCUGUUAGUGGGUUGUUUCUGUUAGCAACCCAAACAAUAGAAGACUCGGACAUGCACCAAAUUCCCAGGUUCUUGGAUUGACACAGAUGAUGAAAUGGAGUCCAAGGCACAGACCAUACGUGUCGUAGAGAACAAACAUAUAAGGAAAGGACGCAGCAAGCGAGCUUUUUUACUGAAUCCCAUGACGAACAUGAUGAUUAUCUUUAAUUGAGGAAGAUAAUGGGUUUCCUGAAUGCUGUGAAGGAUAACUAUUAUAGCAUAUUGUAUUCUGAACUAUUUAGUUUUUCUUAAACUGCCGCUUCCUUUGGGGAAGAAAGAAAACCUGCAACCAUUUGGAAUUUUCGUUGACGUAGUCGCCCAAGACUUCUCAAUUUUUCUUAGCAGUAUACAGCUGAAUCUUCCUAUUCAUCAAUCCUUGUCUUUUAAACAAGUUGUAAACAAUAAAAGUUUGACGCAUGUAUUUCUCUGAA